CCCAAUUAGAGCACCCUCUCUUUCUCUCUCUUUCCAUCUCUCCUAAAGGGAGAAAAAUCCCAGCUCAGCCCCACCUUCGCCAAUGGAGCCACCACUUCCGCCACCUCCCUCCGCCGUCGCCAACACCCAUAUCGGCUACGCCGACUCCAUCGACUCUUCUCCCCGCUCCCGCAACGCAGAUUCCUGGGAUGAGCCAUUACCACCGGUUCCCGGCGCUAAACUGCGCCUGAUGUGCAGCUACGGUGGUCACAUCGUUCCUCGCCCUCACGACAAGUCUCUCUGCUACCUUGGCGGAGACACCCGCAUCGUCGUCGUUGACCGUCUCUCUUCUCUGGCGGACCUCUCUGCUCGUCUCUCCCGCAGCCUUCUCCACGGUCGCUCCUUCACCCUCAAGUACCAGCUCCCCAACGAGGACCUUGACUCCCUCAUCUCCGUCACCACCGAUGAGGAUCUCGAAAACAUGAUCGAAGAGUACGAUCGCACCUCAGCUUCCUCUUUGAAGCCCUCUCGCCUGCGGUUGUUUCUAUUCCCUUCGAAGCCUGAAUCGGCCUCAUCGAUGGGGUCACUUCUCGAUGACUCAAAGUCUGAGAACUGGUUCGUGGACGCUCUCAACGGUGCCGGGGUUCUGCCAAGAGGUCUUUCGGCCGAUUCCGCUUCGGUUAAUUGUUUAUUGGGCCUUGACGAUGGUCCUAUCGACUCUUCUGUUGAUACCGAGGCUCAACCAGAAAACUUAGGUAAUAAUAAGCAAGUUAAACCAGGGCAAGAUGUUCAGUCGGUGCCCGACUCGCCGAUGCUAGAGACGAAUUCCUCUUUUGGGUCGGCGUCUUCUUCGCCUUCUCUAUCAAAUUUGCCUCCAAUUCGGGUUCAUGUAGAGGAUGGUGGGCCUCGGUCCCAGGAUCACAAGGUUGGAUUAGAAGAACAUUUCUCACAUAUGACUGUAGCUGCGCAGAAACAAGAGGAGGGUUUUUCUGCUUUGUCUUCCCCGCCUCCUCUUCCGACCACUAUUACCGCCGCAACGAUGCCAUCAGCAGUCGCCAAUAAUUCUACAUCUGCUGCUGCAGCUAGCGAAAACCAGAAUCGGGUUUUCUCCGACGAUGAGAGAUCCGACCAUGGAGCUCCCGUUGGAUUCCGGAGACCGCCGCAGCCGCCGGCACCGACGCAGUUGAGCCAAAAGACUAGUGGUGGCGUUGAUUUACCUUCGCCGGAUUCACUUGCGAGAGACAAUAGCAUGGCAAAUGCGAUGUCUCGCCCAAAACCUGUGUUAUAUCAAGAGCAAGUUGUACAAGUUGCACAAAACAGAGUUUCUUCCAACCCUGUUGAUCCAAAGAGCAACAUAUCUGAUCCGAGCUAUCGAAUCCAAAUGCAACAAGUUCAGGAUUCCGGGCAUGUAUUGACUCCACAAUUGGAUCAACAUCAACAACAUCAGCAGCAACAACAGCAAUUCAUUCAUGCCGGCACCCAUUACAUCCACCAGCAGCCGUUGCCCAUCUCGUCUUUCUACCCAAUGUAUCCUCCGCCACAGCCACAACAGCAUCACCAGCAGCUCGAUCAGCAUUACCCAAUGUACUUCUUGCCCGUAAGGCAGAACCAACCUUACAACCUGCCUGUGCACACUAAUUUGGGCGAGAAUUCCACCAUCGCAUCUAGUCGCCCACCUACACCUCCAGUUCCCGCUAUGAUUCACACUCCUGCAGCUUAUAAAGAGUCAGCUGCACCUGUGUAUCCCGCUAGGACUGCUCCUCCCUCUAAACCCGAUUUGGCCCCAAAUAUGUACAGAACAGCCGCUACACCCGCCCCACCACCUCUCCUUCACAUGUCUUCUGAUCAACAUCAACCACAAUUUAUGGGUUACCAUCAAAUGCAUCACCCCUCUCAGUCCAUCGCCGUCGCCGCUGCCGGCACCGGUAAUUACACAUACGAAUUUGCAGAUCCUACACAUGCCCAAAUAUACUACGCUCAGCCUACAGGUUCCACAUUGCCUCCUCAAUACCAAACCAUGACUUCGGCUGUAGUGGUUUCGGAGUCCUCGGCACAGUUGCCAACGGACAGCUCUAAACAGCAGAUAAGGACCUCACAACCACUAUAAGAUGAUGUUCUGAAGGGGAUAGGAGAUUAAAAAAUCAAUUUUGGUGGUGGGUUUGGUAAAUCUUAGGUUGUAUGUUCUUUGCAAGUUGUUUGGUCAUUGGUAUUGUUUGUGUUGUCUCUCUGUUAUAGAAAAUAAGGAUCUGGGUCUUUUUUCUUCUUCUUCUGUGUUAUAUUGUUGAUGUUCUUAAGGGAAAUGAAGGUGGUCUGAGUCUCUGAGAUCAUCAUAUUCAUAUAGUAAAAAAGCAAGCUCUACUCAAAAUGUUGUGUUUUGGUCAGUCUUUUGUAUUAGUUAUUGAAAUAAAUAUAAUACAUAAAGCUUUGAAUUGCAGGUCUCUUC